CCAUCCGCAUCUCGCCCCCCCCUCCCCCCCCCACACACCCACCCAUCUCCCUCUCCUGUUCUCCUCUCUAACAGAAACCAUGCGAUGGCGGUUACAGGACUUGCACUUCCUGCGGUUCCUCGCCUGUACCUCGGUCAGCAAACGUGGUCAGCUCCUUGGACUGCAACUUCCCCACUUCCCCACUUCUGGGGGUUCAUUCCUUCCGCGUCUACAAAUAGACCAGAACUCAGAACACAAGUGAAGGAAGUGGACCUGGAGGCUGGAGGAGCUCCGGCGAGCUAUAGAACAUAAGUCAGAAGAUAAGUGAAGAAAGGGGAGGUAGAGGAGUUACGGUGAGAAAAGAGGAGAUAAGUCGGAAGAUAAGUGAAUAAAGGGGAGCUAGAGGAGCUACGGUGAGAAAAGAGUAGAAGGACGAGGAGGAGGUGCUGGAGCUUGUCGGUAAAGAAUACGUCCAUCAAAAGUUCCUUUUGGAAAUACUGCUCCAAUGCCUCCAUGUUCACCCACAACUUUUUGAUGAUAGCCUAUUGAGAACAUCAACACCAUGAUUGACUCUGGCAACGCCACCAUGACCACCACAGGCUGUGGGUCCACACAAGGUACAUAUUCCCUUUUCUUAGCGACUUUGGGCAACGACAUGAUCAAAUGAAAAUGCAGGCCUCUCGGUUCCUUCUAUCGUGUCUGAAAACAAAAACGACUCAAAUCCCCUUCAGGCUACGAUCAUGCCGAAUGUAGGGACGACGGUUUUAUCAGAAGAAAUAGAGUACAUCAAUUAUAUCAAACCCAAGUCCGCUGUACAAGAAGAAGAAUUGAUAAAGAUCCAUGAUUUGCCUUUGAAUUAUAAGAUUUUGAGGUCUCUUACGGAUGACCGAGCAUGGCUGGAAGGGGAUGUCGUAAGUGCUUACAUAUACGAUACGACUUAAGAACCCGGAAAAAUAUGCUCACACGAGUGGGUCGAAAGAUAUAUCUAGAGACCUCAAUUACUAGUGCUAUGCUGAAGCGGGAUGGUGGAAACAAUGAGGACGGAACGGAGAUUGAUGUCAACCCAUCGAAAAGAAAACGCCAAUUGAUAGUAAAAUUGAUUCUAGAGUAUUUGGACAACGACAUGGUAUUUUUACUGGUUAACAUCAAAGACUCGCAUUGGUACCUGGCAAAUAUCAAUGCUCCCAAACGCGUUGUACAGGUCCUCGACUCAUUUGGUGCUAUAAUGAAUCGCAAUGACCUCCAUAAGACGCUAAAAGGCUUGUCAAAAUAUAUCAAAAUUGUCCAAGAGACAAUGCCAGAGUUAACGUGCAAUAGAUGGCCGGAUAUGGACGUUACAAAAUGGGCAGUAGAGGAAAUGCUACGGCACAAAACGCAAACAGAUAGCUCAUCAUGUGGUUUAUUCAUGUUGAAAUACAUGGAGCAUUUCACGGGACACGAAUUGUCCGAACCAGUUAAACAGAGCGAUAUGUCAGCUUUCAGACACAAGAUGCCAUUCAUAUUAUUCGACACAGAACGGAACACGAAUCCUAGAAUAUUCUUUGAGUGUGAUCAAGAUCCCACCCCUGAAAUAACCGAGCCACCGGUUACAACAAAAGGAUCGAGCAUGGGAGUCGUGCCGGGCACGUCCAAAAUAACCGACCCACUGGUUACAACAAAAAAAUGUACCUCUGGGGUCUUCCCGGGCAUCUCAGAAAUCACGACGAAGCAAAUUUCUGACGGUUUGGAGCCUGACAUGAUUAUUGUCGUUGGCAUCGUAAGAAACCUUGGCUGGGGAGAAGGAUAUGCCCAUUUCAAUAUCGAUGAUUGCACCGGCCCCGGCAUGCUCAGCUUCCGAAGAUGGGUACAGAAUGAUGCAGAUGAAAAACAAGCCGCUGCAAUCAAGCAAGCAACUACUGCACGCAUUAUUUUGUGAUUGUUGUAAAGUACUAACUUUUUUUUUGGUACAUUUCCUUAAACAAGGGAUGGUAAGUAUUUCUCCGUCAUCGGCACCUUGAGACCAAUAAAGACUAUGGGUCAUGCUACUACCUACAAUGUGACGUAACCUUUGUAACGUAAUGUUGCCCAGGCAUUUCAAACGAUUAUAUGCAUAUAUAUAAUACCAA